CCCUCUUCGAAGGGGAAGAAGGGUUUGCUUGGAAGCGCUGGGACGUGAGGCUCCAGACAACCUACGCCCAGAUGGCUGCUGGGAUGCGGAGGCAGAGUUUUCCAAGAAGGAUUCGGGAACCAAGUGAGCUGCACGUCCCAAAAGUGUCCAGUGACAGAUCUGCCGACCAACGUAAUUGCACCAGUAACAUUUUUUGCUCGAGCGUGUUUGGCUCAAGUAGGUCUGGAUGCUCAACAGUUAGGAGCGUCGAUACUCACCUUGAUGUCCUUCAGGAACUGCCCGCCUUCCUGAUAUCGGACAGGGUUUCCCCUCACUAACUAAUUUGCGUUGCACGAUGGCGGAUAACAACAAUGCCGCUCACAAGAUGGUUACGUGUUUUGAUUUCGCUUCUAUCUUUGGCCACGGUCAUUAGUCUGACUCGUGAUAUAUGCAUUGCAUGUUCUGGUAGUGUGGAGGCGAGGUACGUUGGCUGUCCUGGUAUAAUUGCUUUACGUCUUGGCAAUAAGACGAGCACGCUGGGCUCCCACAACAGCACCGUUGCGGGCAAGAAUUCGGGUGUACUUGGGCCAGGGAUAGCGCUCAAAGACGACAUUAUGAUGGCGGCCGCGAUAUUCAGCACUCCAGUGAUCCUUCACCUGUUGCGCACGGACGCGUUGAAGGAACAGAACAUGGUAGUGGCGUUGGUCGUCAGUGGACUGUAUGUGUUGGCCAGCCUCGCCAUGAACGUUCUCAACAAGAAGGCGGCGAAGGCGUUCGAAGGAACUUGCCUUCUGGUCAUCCUACAGAUGUUGGUGUCUGUUGUCGUGAUAAUAUGCAUGGAACACAGCAAUAUGAAGCUGGACAAGUGUACGGACUUCCUGAAAUGGUUGAUCGUGCCGUUCGCCUUUUCCGGAAUGCUCGGAACGUCGAUGUUCGCAUUCAAAAAUGCGAGCUUGACUACAAUCUUGAUCAUGAAGAACAUACUACCGAUUCUGACGUUCGGGUGCGAGAAGGCUCUGUUCAACCAGCCAGCGUCUGUGAAUUGGAAAGUGGUCGUGUCGUUGCUGAUGACUCUGGCUGGCACCGUGCUGUACGGUUAUUUUGACAUCUCUGCCACAAAUUUAGGCAAGGUGUUGAUCCUCCUGAACAGCCUCUUCACCAUCACGGACCGGCUCGUGCAGAGCUAUUUGCUUAAGGGGCACGCGGAUUUCAGCAUGAGCAUAGCUCUAUGUAUGCUGGUAAACAACUCUUUAGGCAUUUUCCCGCUAUUCGCCAUUGCGCUGGUCAACGGUGAGAUUUCUCAAUGGAGCCACUCCCUCUUAUCUGCUGACAAGACCACUUGGUUCCUGGUGUUGAUGUCUGGGAUGUGCGGGGCGUCAUUGGGUUAUGUGGGUCUUCGUACACAGCAGCUGUUUUCGGGCACCUCGGUACUCAUGCUGCAGAACUUCAACAAGAUACUUAUUUCGGGAAAACGAAAGACUCGAGUACGCCCCGACUCGGGUUUGCCGACGCUUCUUGACGAGCGCGUCCGGGACUUUGAUUGUCCAGUUUCCGUGGGAUGUUUACAGCGGGAGCUCGCGUCAAAUUUCAGAUUCGGUCUUGUCAUGUUCGUGCUGGCCCCGUCGGGCCAACCCGAGCCCCCCCGAACCCGAGUCUUACGUCUCCCCGGUGAUCAUCUCAAUUGGCGUAGGUUUGUUUCAUGAGCACCUCACGCCUAUGUCGCUCCUGGGCUGCGCCGUGUCCCUCCUGGGCUGCUUCACCUACGGCUACGUGCGCCUGCCCUCCGAGGCUUCGUCCAAGGGCUAGCCCAGGCCAGGUCCUGCCGAGCACGGCCGCGCAGAGGCUGCAGGGGAGGCCAAGGUGCGAUCCCCGUGCCCAGCACGCCGACUUGAGCCCUGCGCCGGCCUCGUCUCGGGGGCGCAGACAUGUAUUGGCGAUCCAUGCAUGUGGCGCGCGGUCGCCAAAUCUUUUUUUUUUACAUACAUAUAUAGAUGUGAAU